GAGAAAAUAAAAGUUGCUAGACUUCUUCAUUAUUUAUUAUUGCCAACAAUCUUAUUUUCUAGUAUCAAUUCAUUAAGGCAUAGAGUAAAAACUUCUUAACCAGUGAGGAGGAGGAAUUAUCAAGUAUUAUAGCAGCACAUGACAAAGCGCAUGGAAAUGAUAAUGUGACUGAGACAUUGGACAUCAUAGUAUGAACAAGGUGAUAAAUAAUCGCCAAUAAGCCCACUAUUACUUCAGUAAGGAGUCAAUAGAAAAAGGAUACAGAUUCAGAUCUUCACAAGUUUAAUGAUGAUGUCAGGCAGGAAUAUCAUUCUGAUAUGGGUUAUAACUAUGACAACCGCUUUACCAUGGAAACUCACUGAUCGGGCUGAGAAAAUUGCAGUUACAGAAAAUUACUGCAAAGAUGACGUCCCAUUGAGUAAUCUAUGUGACUGGUGUCAACAAGACGCUCAUGUUUGCUGCGAAGACAAAGCGCUGAUACGACACUGCUUUGGAGUGUUCAUGAAAAAUCUCCACAACACCGCUGAUGAGCCUAAUGACAAGAAGAAGCAGUCACAUUUGAAGUUUCCUUUGGAUGAGUACGACUACAUUAACCGUCCAGAUAUCCCAGAUUACUAUUACAGUAGCUAUGACAACAAUGUCAAGGGAGAUGAUAUUGAAAAUCGAAAAAGAGUACAUUACAGUGCACUCAACAGGUGGGGUAGUAUUCGCCCAGGACCACUGCGCCAGUUGCGCCCAAAAGAUGAAAUUGAAACCAAGAAAAGAUGGGGUGUCAUGGACAUGAUGGGAAUGAAAGUAAGAUUUCCAUCUGUAUACCAAUAUCAACGAGGCAGAUUCAACGCAAAUGGCAAGAUUACGCUUCCGACUAAAAAAUGGGGAAUGCUGAAACUGAAUUCAUAUCGACUGGUUGAGUGAAAGUUGGUAGAAAAUGAUUUUUCAUUUUGAAUUUAUGGAAAACUAGUUUUAACACAAGUUUCAACAACUGUAACUAGCUAAUACAACUUGACAAAAUGUCACCAAUCAGUUACAUUUACAAAAAGUGUAACAAUUGUCACCGACAGUGAAUGCCAAUGAAUGGGAUAUUGAUAAAGUGGGACUAAAAAGUGUUUACGAUUUAGUGUCAACAUCCACACACAUUAGUACCAAACACGUGUUUAAUUUUAAUCGCAUCU